AUGUAUAGUCAUCCAGCUUACUUCGCACCUGCCUACUCUGCACAAGCAUACAAUGAUAGCAAAUAUGCAGACAUCACCAUCACAUGCCAAACUGAUGAGCGCAACCUUGAUGGCUGCAGCCAAUGGAGCUACGCUGGAUCUGACUACACCACCCGCGAGGAAUCACAGGUCCAGAAGAAGAUGCAUGGCAUUGCAUACAACUCAUACGGCAACUCCACCUACAAGGAUGUUAUGGGCAACACCAACAAGGAAUCUUCCUGCUGGGUUUCCCCUGAAGGCGAGAAAUUCACUUUGACCUGGUCUGCCGAUGAAGCCGGUUUCUAG